AUGGGCAACCUUAUCUCGAAGACUGCAGCUUGCUAUUCGAGCAAGUCUGUCACAUCCUUCAACACGGAUGAUGAUGUUUCCACGCAGAUGAACUUGCCUCGCAGCCCGGGUUUCCACGAUCUCUCUGCAUGCGAGCCUCAACAAGCUCCGCACAGCGCAAAGGAAGCAGCAGGCAAGUCUUCAACCGAUGAUGAAAUCGAGUCUGGUAUCACACAUCCAAAGCCGGCAAGACCUCUCAUCCGUCGUUACUCGGAACUGAUCGAUCCCGCACAACUCGACAAUCUGCAAGUUAGAAGUCCCAGCGGCAACAUGCUUACUGGUAGCCGUUACAAUCUCAGGGACGAUCGCCCACUGAGCGUUCGUGAAAGGCAAGAAAGAAUCCGUCAGCAGAUCAUGCAGAAGAAACAGGAGCAGGAGAUGGCUCAGGGCAAUGGACGCAAGAGAGACUCGGCAAAGAUCACAGUGGAAAAGGCAUCAACUAGANAGAACAAGAAGCGCAAGGCGCGCUUUGGUUGUUUUGGCAUCUAA